AUGCCCAACGCCAAUGAGAAAAAGUCCACCAACCUUGAAGCCGAACUAGCGGAAUCGAGAGCUAACCACGUGCGAAUAAUUCAGGCGAUCUGCAACUAUUGUCGAGGAAAACCAGAACUUCGAGAGGAGGCGGAGCGCCUCGCCGAGAUUGCACCAAACAUCUCCGGGGGUCUCAGGUCGAGCAAGGCAUCAGCAUGUGAGGAUGCGUAUGGGUUCCUCCUUAAUCUCACACUCUACGACGUGGAAGUCCAUCAUCAAAACCCCUACCGAUGUUCGUCGCUCAACAUGUGUCGCCAUUCUCCUCCUCAGACACUCUGCGGCCGCCGCAGUCAACACUAUCUUGAAUAUCUCGUAUCCAGAACCCAAUUCGAUAUCUUCAUCUGUCGGAAGACACGAGAUGAUAUCCGCGCCAUGUGGCUCCGCAAUCUCCGCCUCCCGCCCACGGAUAUCGUCAUGGCAGAAUGCGGUCUCGAAUUCGAAAAUAACUACCUUGGGAACAUGCUGAAGACCAAGUUUAUUUUCGAAGCCCGGUUGAUCCACAAAUGCCUUAAGGGCAUGGUGACGACGGACCCGAAGCCUCAGGCAGGACUCGCGUACUUGACGUUGACUGAGUGGAAUGAUCUCCUGAUGCAUUAUUCACCGUGUCGGCUCGACCCCAAGGCUGAGGAGGACAUUACUUAA